AAAUUGACGUGUUUAUUUGUAUGUUUUAAAAAAGUUUUCUUGAUUUAUGUGGAAAGUAAAAUCUAUAAUAUUUUGGAUAUUUGAAAUAUCGUUAUUGUAUGGUGUUGAGGGGAUUCCGAUUCUUGGAUAUCCGGUUAAUUCUCAGGUGCCACCAGUGGCACGGGUUUCUCUGCCGUUUCAUUAUAAAUUUGCGGGAAAUACGUUUUAUAAUAUUCAAGGGUCUGUUAAAUAUUCAGUCGAUAGGUUACCUUCAUGGUUACAUUUUAAUGCGCAAGAGCGAACAUUUUCAGGGACGCCUUCGAGAAGCGAUAUGGGAGCAAUUAAAUUUAAUUUAAUAGCGACGGAUUCUACGGGAUCAGCAACAAAUCCAGUAACGUUUGUUGUGGUAGAUUUCCCUGCUCCAACUGUUAGGAUUCCAGUUUCUCAACAGUUAAGAAUGCAUGGUGUAAUUGAUUUGAAUGGAGCAUAUGUUAUUUUGCCGACUCAGUCAUUUAGUUUUGUUUUGGAUAGGAAUACGUUUGAUGCACGUAAUACUAGAAUAAUGACAUAUUAUUGUGUUUCAGGAGAUAAUACGCCUUUACCUUCAUGGAUUAAGUUUGAUCCUAAAACUCUUCGAAUAUGGGGAACAGCGCCGCCUGUUCAAUCUAGAGGAGUGCCUCCGUUGUAUUUUUGGUUUAAUGUAAUUGCAGCAGACGUUCUUGGGUUUUCUGGAGGGGUAGCAUCUUUUGGUAUAGUUGUUAGUUUACAUCAUCCGCAAUUAGGACGAUCUUAUUAUCCCAUAACAGCUGUAGUCGGAGAACCAUUUGUAUUUCCAUUUCCUGCUAAUUCAUUGACGAAAGCAGGUGUUUCACUUUCGUCGUCAGAGGCUUUGCGUUUAAAGUAUAGCAUCUCUACAUCAUCUUGGUUAUCCUAUAGUAAAAAUGACAUGGCUUUUGUAGGAACUCCUAGUUCAAUGGAAUCGCCACAUAAUGUUAUUCUUACGAUUAUGGAUGGAAUUUAUGGAAUUACAAUCUUUAUUAAAGUAAAUACUGGUAAUCGUAAAAUUUUGCCAGAAAUUAUGCCAGGGCCCAGGCGAGAAUCUCUUCCUAAUUGUGCUAAUGGUAAUCCUUUGUGUUUUACAGCGAUUCCAAGUGCACCUCCUAAAAAUCCAAAUCCAAAUCCAAAUCCAAAUCCAGAAAAUAGAGUCUCUACAUUACCGAAUAUAAAUGCGAGAGUCGGAGAGUUUUUUUCAUAUAGAAUUGGUGAUCCUUCUUCUCUUUCUAAUAAUGAUAGAGUCGAAUUACAAUAUAGUCCAAGCGAUGCUUCAAAUUGGUUGAAUUUUAAUAGGGAGACCAUGAGAAUUAGUGGUAUCCCUCGAGAUGAUGGUACUGUCAAUGUAAAAAUCCAUAUUGCUUAUGCAUCCGGUCGUUCUCGUGAUCAAUUUUUUUCAAUUCAUAUUGAUAAAGGUGAUGAUAAUGAUGAUGAUGAUGAUGAAACUAUGGAAAGGAAAGAUUUAAAAUGGCUUAUUGUUGGUGCAGUUGGUUUUGUUUCUCUUUUUAUUCUUCUUCUUUUUUUAUAUUUUUGUGUACGAAGAUCUAGGAAACGACGUUCUUCUACUGAUCAUAGGUUUAUUUCUCGUCCAAUUCCACCAGAUUCUCACUAUGGGCAAUGGCCUACUAUGGAUGAAAAAACAUGGGAUGAACCUCACAGACUUUCUGCAUUUAAUAUUUUUAAAUCGACAAGUGCAAAUGGUCUCUCUGGAUUUGUUGCUGAAGUUAAAGAAGCUCCUGAUAAUACAAAAUCUUCUUUAGAUCCUGAUAAAAAAUAUCAUAAAAUAGAUGUUGUUUCUCCUUAUUCGAUUCACGUUCUUCCUGUCAAAGACGAGCCUACUAAAAAGUCUUCUGUUUUCGUCUCAAAGGGAAAUAUGCAUCCUGCCUCUAAUAAUUCUGACGUUUCGUCUUAUUUACCUACAGGUCCUCCAGGAUAUGGACAACCACAUCGCUCAUGGCGUAGAACUGCUCAGUCUAGUCUUUUUUGGCCUGCUAGUAGUGCUUACGAUGGAUCAGUUGUAGCUUCUGGCUUUAAAGAUUCACAAAUAAAUGAACCAUAUAGCUUACGAUUGGUAAACGACUCUAUAACUCAUUCUGAUGAUUCUUCUGGCGUAAUUAGUAAUGCAAUGACAUCAAGCACUUCUAAUAAUUCUUCAAAUGAUUUAUCAAGAAAGACUAGUGACAGCAAAAUAACUCUUGGUUCUUAUUCUGAAGAUUCAAUAUUAUCAAAGGCUGGUGUAAAUCAUAAUACUGAUGAUAACGAUACACAUCUUCACAGAAAAAAUGAUACAUAUUCAAGAGUUCGUCCAUGGUCUGCACAUAUAAGUGAAAGAGAUUCUAUGGAUAGUCUCAGUUUAAUGAGUAGCGAACAUUCAAGAAAUGAAUUUCUAUGUGAUGAAACUGAUAAUCCAUACACUACUUAUCUCAACGAUCAUAAUAGACGUUCUCGGAUUAUUAGAGGAAUCUCUGACUCCGAUCCUCUUCAAAUUCAUAUUCCAACAAGAUUACCUCCUUCUGUACACACUUCUAUACAAUCUUCUACAAAAUCUGACUUAUCCUCUUCUCUUUCUGAUAGGAAAACUCCUAUAUUAGUUAAACCAACUAUGCUUGAUCGUCCAAAAUUAUUCGAAUAUUCUCGUUCUAAUAGGACAAAUAUUCAUUCAACACAUUCACAUACUCCUUCUCGUGAUCUUUCUUCUAAAAUCGCAUUUGUAUAACAUUAACUCUUUAGAUAUAGCUUAUAUUCAUAUAUUCACA